UUUACGGUAUCAUUCGCUUAUCGUUCGUAGUCCACGUCGGACGUGCAAUUCGCAAGGAUCUGUUCCCUGCCACAAGUGGACGGUGUCAUAGUACUGUACAAACGUCAAGAGUUCAGUCGCGCCGAGCCGUCUGGAUCGUUGUUGUUUCGUUUCCGAGCGAGUUUGACGGACAGCAGCCGCAUCAUUCAUGGCGUUCCAAGACGGCGUUAACAGGGCUGGGCUGCCGACGUACGACGAAACUGUCAGCCAUCCCGAGACGAAACCCUCGGUUCACUUCAAUCCGCAGCCCCCGAGUUUUAUCCCGUUGCCACCCUCGCCGCCACCGCCCCCCGGUUUCCAUCAUCCCAAUUUCUCGAGCGCCUACUAUCAGCCGCACGCCGAUCUGUCCCAUCAGACUAGCCCUGCAGUUGUUCACGUGACCGCUGUGCCGGAACAGCCACCUCAGACGAUCAUUUACAGGAUAAAAUCUAGAAAAGGAGCGUUCUGUUCGUCGAUUAUCUCGCUCAUUAUACUGAUCAUAUUUAUCGUCGUCCUCGUGAAGGUAAUCAUACCGGCGUUCAAUAGAAUACAAGUUCAGAAUGCCGUCGACUAAAUCGGAAUAAGCUUGAAGUGUAAUUAGGAAAGUUUCUUGAUCGUCAAUUCGCACGUUCGUCGCGUUUGGUGUCGUCACACGGACAUCGUGGUUAUGUAUGGUUAAUCUACGAGCAGAUACGAAAUCAUUCUGAAUCGAUGUUACGAGCAAGCCUUAAAUCGUCGAUCGCUAGAUUGUUGCGAUAAGCGAUAAAUGUUUGUACAGAACUUGAACUCCACACGAAACUCAUAAUCAUCGUCAUGCGUCAUAAUAAUAAGUUCGUUUCGUUCCUAGAGGAACGGAAAUGUUACAAAGUGUACGGGGAAUACUGCGGCGAACUUCAAUAACGCAUUGUAAACAAUUUUUUAUUUAUUGCAAUAACAUGUAACCCUAUUUGUUUAUUUUAAUAAAAAUACCUUUGUAUUUAUACACUGA